AUGGAGAAGUUUGAGUUGUUUGAUUUAGGAUUCGAAGGAACGACAAUCAGAGAUUGCUUGCGAUUUCGAAAAGAGAAGAUCAGCAAUGCAAUUGUCUUUGAUGAUAACGGCACUUAUGGAUCUACAUAUUGCGGGUACUCUAGUUUGAAGAAUAGCAAAUAUGUUAAGGACUGCACUCUCAACAAGGGAAGCGGAGAAUCAAAACUCCUACUUGAAGCAUUUCCCGCAGUGUUUCGUCCCACAGAUAGACAUAUGGCAGAAUUAGAGGGGGCAGGUAUGAUGGGAUUCCUUAGACUCAUAAAGAUACAGAAGCAUUUUUAUAUCGACUCAUCUGGGAAGAUAUACAAAAUACCCUAUACUAAGACAGAGAUUGCAGAUUCUGAUAUUCUAAGUCUUAGGGAAAAAUAUUUGGUUGGAAGCUUACUUAAAGGUAGAUUGACCUUUGAGAAUGUCUAUAAAAAGUUAUCUGAAAAGACAAGAGAAAUCUUGACAAAUGGAAUCAUUGGUGAAGCCAAAGACUAUUCUGAAAGAAUGUUUAGAUAUGCAAGGAACUUCGGAAAUGUUCCUUUUCUAUACCCGGAAUAUGGUCUUAAGGAGAUAUCUGAAAUGUUUUCGAGAUCCAAUUCGAUGUGCGGGGCUGGCUAUGUUCUUGACAGUGCACUUGUAAUUACUUGCAGAGAUGGGAAAUCAUCAGAUGCAUUUUCUCUAAAACAAAACGGUGGAGAACCAAUUCCAUCAGAAUAUAUGUAUAGAAUCGAUACUACUUACGGAACAAUUUUUACAAAGAAGGUUAUAAGAACUGAAUAUAAAGAAUUAGUGAGUUAUGUAAGAGUUGUUAAUACUAGAAGACCUAUACUUAGUAAGACUUUUUUUGCAUUUGCACAAAGGGAAUCUAUAAUGAAGUUAAUUGGACUAAAUUCAGACACUGAAUGCUGUCCAGAAGGAACCUAUCUCAUAUACAUCAUUAAGUCAGAUGGCCCUGUUGUGGAAGAGGACCUGAAGUUUCUUCGUAUAGAAGAAAAAGAUAUAGUUGAGGAUAUCUCUUACCAAACAAAAUUCUCAUUUGUGUUUGACUCCCUGGAGAUAUGA